CAAGGCACCCUUUAAAAUUAUGGACAGUCCCAAGGCACCCUCUAAAAUUAUGGACAGUCCCAAUGCACCCUCUACAAUUAUGGACCGUCCCAAGGUACCCUCUAAAAUUAUGGACAGUCCCAAGGUACCCUCUAAAAUUAUGGACAGUCCCAAGGUACCCUCUAAAAUUAUGGACAGUCCCAAAGCACCCUCUAAAAUUAUGGACAGUCCCAAUGCACCCUCUACAAUUAUGGACAGUCCCAAGGCACCCUCUAAAAUUAUGGACAGUCCCAAGGCACCCUCUAAAAUUAUGGACAGUCCCGAGGCACCCUCUAAAAUGAUGGACUGUCCCAAGGCACCCUCUAAAGUUAUGGACAGUCCCAAGGCACCCUCUAAAAUUAUGGACAAUGUCAAGGCACCCUCUAAAAUUAUGGACAAUGUCAAGGCACCCUUUAAAAUUAUGGACAAUGUCAAGGCACCCUCUAAAAUUAUGGACAACGUCAAGGCACCCUUUAAAAUUAUGGACAAUGUCAAGGCACCCUUUAAAAUUAUGGACAGUCCCAAGGCACCCUCUAAAAUUAUGGACAGUCCCAAUGCACCCUCUACAAUUAUGGACCGUCCCAAGGUACCCUCUAAAAUUAUGGACAGUCCCAAGGUACCCCUCUAAAAUUAUGGACAGUCCC